UUGCAGGUAGAACUGGUUGAGCCUGCUGUAAAAGGUACACUCAAUGUACUCAAGGCAUGCUCUGAAGCAAAUGUCGGGCGUGUUGUAUACGUAUCAUCUGGUGCUGCUGUUGUUAUGAACCCUAACAGGCCCAAGGGUCAAGUUAUAGAUGAGACUUGUUGGUCAGACAAAGAAUACUGCAGAUCAUCAAAUAACUGGUAUUGUCUUUCCAAAACGUUAGCCGAGAGUGAGGCUUGGGAAUAUGCAAAGAAGAGUGGACUUGAUGUUGUUUCUGUUUGUCCAAACCUUGUUUUGGGGCCAGUGCUGCAGAACACAGCAAAUUCUAGUAGUCUGGUUCUUAUUAAGCUUUUGAAAGGUACCUACCCACAUCAUUACUCCUUGCUGAAUACAUUCAGUUUCAUGAGUUAAUAUGGUACUCUUUUUCUCUAUGUUCAUCACUGUGUAUUAUCGUUUACCUAUUCUAAUUUAUGUUUAAUUAUUCUUAGUCUCUGGAGUUAUCUCUACUACAUGUUUGAGUGUCCUAAGAUGAUAUAUAUGUUACUUUUAAGCUAUAGCUGGACCACUUGAAACAUUGACUAAUAAAUUAACAUUUAGUUGAGUUCUGCACAACGUUCUGGCCUGUUCCCAACCCGCAGAUUCCAAGCAUAAACGCUGUUGAUAAAACUUUGGACUAAGCUUAACUUUCAAGAAGCUCCAUGGCAUGGGAGGGGGACAACAAUUUUUCGGAUGACAAGAUAACUGUAUGUUUCUAUCCUUUUGAGCACAGUGUUUCAUGAGCAAAAACAACUUUAACAUUUUUUUGUAUUUUCAAAUCGUAUCCAAACCCACCACCAUUCAAACUGAGACAUAUCAGGGGUGUAAACACAAAUAAGAUUCAUAAAUAUGUAGGAUAAACAGGAUGAAUAAUGUAAUUACUUAUGAGAUAUCCAAUAGCUGUUUACAUCCUCAAAUCCACCAGGUGCCAUUAACUGUACACUAGAAGUCACAUUAAUGAAUGAAAUUAAACC